AUGUCUGCAUAUAGGAAAAGUUCUUUUGGAAUUCAACUAAAUGUUGAAAAUUUAUUUAAUGACAGUAACAAAAAAGUUCCAAUUUUAUUUUCUGAGAAAACUAGUACCGAAUCGAAAAUGGAUAGGUUGUUCUUCAAUUACCAACAAAAGAGUAGUAGUGAAAUUAACGAAGAUGUUUCAAAAAACAUGACUUCAAUAUCGAUGUCUGAUGAAAAUAAUUGUAAUUUUUCGAGCAGUGACAAUCUCUCUUACAAAGAGUAUGAAGAAAAUAAUCUAGUACAUUCCUUUACUUUUGCUUUACCAAAUAUUGAUGAAAUUGGUUUGGAAAAUUCAAAUCAGUUAAAUCUUUUUAGUGAUGAUAGUGGAAUAAUAACCAAUAAUAAAACUUCUUCAGAUUGUUGUGAUAAUGAUGAAAAUGUUUCUUUGCAAAGUUUUCCUUCAACUUUAACAUUAAAUUCAGAUGAGUUUACAUCCUAUAUUUUGAAUUGUCCAGGUAUUUCAUCUGAUGAAGAAAAUAGUGAUGAGUCGUACAUUAGUGGGUUCAUAGACACAUCAGAAGAUGAAAUUUUACCUUGUGAUAUUUCUCAAGAUGAUUUAUUAGAUGGUUAUUGUACACCAGUAUCUAGUCAAUGGAGUUAUGAUGAAUAG